AUGGCUUUCUUAAUGAAAAGCAUGUUGAGCAACCAGGUAAAGAAUUUAGGACUUGGUGGUGGAGGUGAGGAAAGCAAAGAAGAAAGUGGUCCUUCCGACCCAGCUGCAGCAGCAGGAAUGACUAGAGAGGAAUAUGAGGAAUAUCAAAAGCAAAUUAUUGAGGAGAAGAUGGAGAGAGAUGCAGCAUUUGCACAAAAAAAGGCGGAGAGAGCCUGUCUGAGGGUUCAUCUGAGAGAAAAGUACAGGCUUCCUAAGAGUGAAAUGGAUGAGAACCAGAUACAAAUGGCUGGUGAUGAUGUAGAUUUACCAGAAGACCUCCAGAAAAUGGUGGCAGAGGAUCAAGUGGAAGAAGAAGACAAGGAGUCUAUCCUUGGACAGUUACAGAACAUUCAGAAUAUGGAUAUAGACACUAUUAAAGAAAAAGCUCAAGCCACUUUCACUGAAAUAAAGCAAGCAGCUGAACAGAAAUGUUGUGUCAUGUGA